AGGAAGCAGAAGAAGAAGAAGAAGAUCCACUGCUAACAACAAACAGGUGACCUGUCUUCUCUCUGUGCGAGGCCGUGGGUCAUGCAGUGUUAUAACGUGCUCUGGUGAAUAAACAGGAGUGUGCUGGAGAUGAGUUUCACUCUCCGCCUCCUGGUUUCCUGCGGCGACUGCUAUCAUGGACGCCUUCUGCUCAUCUGGUCUCAGUCGGUCCGAUCGCUGAGCUCUGGUCCUCGAAUCAGCCGCAGCCUGCGGGAGAGCUACCGGCUUCUGCAGCUGCCUGACGAGGGCAGCAGCAGUCCUGUGCAGGUGAAAGAGGCCUACCUGCGUCUCGCCAAGCUCUACCACCCUGACUCAGGGGUGCCAACCGCAGACGCGGUGCUGUUUGCUCGGGUCGAGGAGGCGUACCGUGCCGUGCUGGCGCAUCAGAGCAAAGUCAAGCAGCUGAGCGGAGAGAAGGAAGCUGAAGCUGAAGAUGAGGAUAAGUCCAGAGGUGCAGCACUCCAGCACAGACACUACCUCAGCUACGAGGGCGUGGGCACAGGCACGCCCAGCCAGCGUGAGCGUCAGUACCGUCAGAUUCGUGUCGACCGGGCAUCCGAGCAGGUUUUAAACUACCGACAGCAGGAGCACGAGAGGGCGGCGGCGGGCGAGGGAGCGCUGGUGGAACGAGACAUGCGCCAGCGUAGCCGCAAAAUCAAGAUCACCCAGGCGGUGGAGCGGCUCGUGGAGGAUCUGAUUCAGGAGUCGAUGGCCCGCGGAGACUUCAGGAACCUGAGCGGCGCCGGAAAACCCCUCAACAAGUUUGAGCACAAUCCCUACGCUGACCCCAUGACCCACAACCUGAACCGCAUUCUCGUAGACAACGGUUACCAGCCCCCUUGGGUUGUCACGCAGCGCGACAUCAGAGAGGCCACCGCUCAGAUCCGAAACAGGCUGCUGGACGGGCAGGCCCGGCUCAGCGACCCCGUGACUCCCAGAGAAAGCCGGGAGUGGGAGGAGCUGUGUGCGUCAGUGGAGGAGGAGCUAGUCAAACUGAACAAGCUGGUAGACAAUUAUAACCUGAUCGUGCCGAUGCUCAGCAUGCAGAUGGUUCACUUCAGUUUGUCCCGAGAGAUCGAGUGUGCCGUGAAAGGAGCUCGCCAACGCCGACUGCAGCAGCAAACGGAGAGAGAGAGGGAGCGCGAGAGGAGGAAGGAGGAGAAGAAACGAGCCAACGCCGCAGUGAUGACGAAGAACAGAAAACAUGGACUCGUGUCGUGGAUGCAGAAUUUGCUCCGAUAAAAAAACAACAACAAUUGUGUUUUUUAAUUUAACCAGCACCAAAGGUCUGCCCGAAGGCACUGAAGCUACAUCUGAGUUAUUCAAUUCUUACAGUAAUUUCAGUGGUCACCAGGACAUAAACACUGCAUGUGUCAAAUCAGCUGACUCUGCCCCAAAAAAGCAUUUAAAAUCUUUAAUUUUCCCUGGAAGUUAUGUUUCUAACAUCAGCUUUGCUGUUGGAUGGUUUCCCAUAGAUUUCUGUUCAGAGGCCUGAAGUACAAAGCAUCCUCAGGUAGAACGUCACAUCAGGUCGUGGUUAUACUGGUUAUACUGGGAAAAACAACAUAAAAACCCUCAUUCACUGACCAAUCAGAUACUUUGGUUUGAAGGAUUUUAAACUGUUUCUGAAUUAAAAAGUUCACCAUGAGUACAUUAAGUGCCCAGCUUCCUCCAGCUCAAUAACAAAAAGAUUAAACGGUCCGUUCUCGACUUGAUGCUUUUCCCUCCUCAUGGUAAGGAGGUGAAAGCAUCUUCCAGUCCAAAGGUGGUGGACACCUGGUAUAGCUAAUAGCUAAUAGAUAGGUGGUAUGUAAGGUGAUGUAGGGAAACUUGUGGUUUCAAACUUUAAUAAAGGCUCAUCACUGUGGAUUGUGGUCCUUGGUUUCUGUAGAUGUCCAGAAGUCGGGGUAUCCGUAACAAAGUGUAAGUGGUUGGAUCAUGUACCACACCACACCAUGUCCUUGUUUGUUGCAUUAAACUGCAGAGCUGAUAGAUUGA